AUGUUUCGUAAAAGGGCUAAGCUUCAGCCGUCCGUUGGUUCAAAUAAAGCUAGCGGCUCAUCACAAAAGGACAGCUCCGAAACCAGUAAACGAAGAAGCAGAGUUGACAUCUCUACAAGCUAUGAAAUUGAAGACGAAAAUGAACACAUAAGAACUAGUCCCAGCUCACGGCUUAAAGAAAAAAAGAAGAGAGCUAUCAAACCAAAUGCUCACCAGUACUUGCCCUUUGAGGAAGAGGAUAUAACCGAAAUUGCAUAUCGAAAGCCUUUGCCAAAAUCAGGUGUUCAAAUCAUGAAUCUUGAGGAGCUUGGAGACGACUGUGAAGACGAUACUCUUGAGGGCGUACCAACCAGGCGAGAGAUUGAGUCUAUCAGAACUCAAAGAGCAAUGCUUCAGCAACAAACUGAUACACUCAAAACUGGCUUUUACGAUAGUUCAAAGAACCCCGUGGAGCAUGAUGAGCAUCAAUACAUUAAGCUGCUAAGCAAAGAUGAUAAGCAUGAUCUCAUGGAAAUCAUUGGUGGUGAGUCCCAGGGCGCUAAAGAUGUGCAGGAUAGUUACAUGGACGCAUAUUUAGAGAUUCAUGGUCUUGAGGAUGGAAGGCUAGCUCUUUCUAAGAAUGAUCUGGAUCGUGACGAACAAGAAAGGAAGUUGGCUAUAACAAGUGCGCUAAAAAACGUCGAAGGAGACGAGUGGGAAGCACGCCAAUUAGAGAAAAUGGACAGAGGGCUAAGCCUUAUUGCACAUCCUAUUUUGCAUGAAAACGAUUUUGAGCUCGAAGAAUUGGUAUCAGAACUUGACAGCAUGCUGUUGUCGAUUCAAACUAAGAAGAAAAUGUUCAUUAGUCAACGUGAUUCUGUUCAAAAGGAGAACAAGAAAUUGUGCGAAGCUCAGGAUAAGUUAAUUACAAGCCUUCAGAAGCAUGUUGCUUGA